GACGUCGCUCACCUCUCUCGCACACUCACACAUUCUCUCUCAGUGUCAGUGAGUCCCCACUUCCUAGUUUGUACAGUGUGUGCGAAGCGGAGGCUCGGGGAGCAGCGUUAACCGCGGAGACGGCACCUUCGGCGCAGCGCGCAGGCCAAGCACACACCGGCACCCAGACAGCAGACACACCGGGCAGGCAGGAGGUGGGGGGACGCCGCACCGAGAUGCCGUAGCCAUGGACUGCAGACUGAAAGAGAGCCCAGAAAGGACUUUCGAUCUUGUCUUCAAGGUGACCUGUCCGACUUCUGAAAAUGAAGAUCCAGUGGUUGCUUGGAAGUUCCCAGAGGACUUCAGAGACCAGGAAGUGCUGCAGACUGUGCUGAAGUUUUGCUUCCCCUUUGAUGUUGAAAGGGUUUCACGUAGUCAGGUGGGACAGCACUUCACUUUUGUGCUCACAGACAUUGAAAGCAGGCAAAGGUUUGGUUUCUGCCGCUUAACAUCAGGAUGUAAAGUCUGCAUCUGUAUCCUCAGUUAUUUGCCUUGGUUUGAAGUUUACUACAAGCUGCUGAACACCUUAGCAGACCUUCUGGUUAAAGAGCAGGAAAAUGACCUGAAUGAUAUUUUACAAACGUUAUACAAACAUGAGGUGCCAUUGCCUAAUACUCCUGUCAAUCUCAGCCUGAAUGAGCAGGUAUGCAUUAGAAGUGGACAACUGAAAAAUAUGCCAAAUCAGAUUUUGCAUUCAUACUUCAUCACGCCCGAUACAAAUGGACUGCCUACAAUUCCUGAAAGUAGAAAUAUGACAGAAUAUUUUGUUGCUGUGAGUGUCAACAAUAUGUUGCAACUUUAUGCCAGUAUGCUGCAUGAACGACGCAUUAUCAUUACCUCCAGUAAACUUAGCACUUUAACGGCUUGUGUUCAUGCAUCAGCUGCCAUGAUCUAUCCAAUGUAUUGGCAGCAUAUUUACAUCCCAGUGCUCCCUCCCCACCUGCUGGACUAUUGCUGUGCCCCAAUGCCCUAUCUCAUUGGCGUUCACUCGAGCUUAAUGGAAAAGGUGAAGUGUAAAGCUUUAGAAGAUGUGAUUAUAUUAAAUGUAGAUACAAAUACACUGGAAACACCAUUUGAUGACCUUCACAAUCUACCGAGCGAAGUGGUCUCAUCGUUGAAAUACAAACUGAAGAAGCAGUCUACAGCCACUGGUGAUGGAGUGGCCAGGGCUUUCCUUAAGGCACAGGCAGCAUUAUUUGGCUCCUAUCGGGAUGCACUACGAUAUAAACCUGGAGAGCCAAUUACAUUUUGUGAAGAGAGUUAUGUGGCCCAUCGAGCCAGCACUAUAAAACACUUCCUUCAAAAUGCUGUGCAACUUCAACUCUUCAAGCAGUUUAUUGAUGGCAGAUUGGAAAAAUUAAAUGCAGGGAAAGGAUUUUCUGAUAUUUUUGAAGAUGAGAUCACUGCUGGAGGCUAUAGUGGAGGAAGUUCGAAGUCUUAUCAGCAAUGGAUCUGCACAGUCAAGAAAGGUGGAGCUCUAAUAAAUACAGUAAUGACAAAAGCAAAUCCUGCAAUGAAAACAGCAUACAAAUAUGCUAAGAAUCAGGCUAAGAUGGGGAUCAAAGAAGUGAAGAGCAUGUUAAAGCAGAAGGAAGCAAAUGAAGAUGAUGACUUGGAUUACAACAAGACUGCAUCUCCAAACCUACAAAGGCGAUCGAACUCUGAUAUUUUGAAGAACAGGCUUCCAGCCACUAAACGUAAACAGAUUCGCCCUCAACGAUUAUCACAGGCUGGUGAUGUUUCCACGCUGGAUGACGAUGAAGUAGACACAGCAAGCAAGUUGUCAUCUGAAGACAGUGGAGAGAUAUGUGCCUAUAUUGAGGAUAGUGAUGAAUCUGAACAAAUGGAAUUGGAGUCACAAUCUCCAGGCCAGAUGGACCUGUUGGGAGAGAUCCUCGACACCCUUAGUACCCACAGUUCAGACCAAGGGAAGCUGUGUGCAGCAAAGAGCCUGGACUUUUUCAAAUCAAUGGAUGAUAUCAGUUAUAAAACUAGGAACAAGUCCAAUACUCCAAGCGAGGGAAACCUGGCUGAACUUGGUGGGCAGUGCAAUGAUCAUCUGAGUUGGCACCUGGGACAAGAUGAUACUAUUGUCCACAGAAAACCCCUUCCACCAUCUCCAAGGAAAUCUUUUUAUAACUGUUCUGAAGAUCCAAUCACUUUUGAAGCAACGCCUUGUGAAAGCUCCACUGUGUUUGUAGAGGAGUUGACAGACUUUCCGAAACUGCAUAAUGACUCAUCAUGUAAAGAUUCACUGGGAACUCAUUCCUCUUGCAAAGGAAUGAGCCAGGAGGUCAAAGUUUCAGCUAAACAGGAACCAAAACGAACACUAACUAGUGAAGACAAACAGCAGUGUGAAAAUACACCAAAAAACCCAUCCGCUUUAAUCCCUUGGGAAAAAGAUGAUGUUGAGGCUGAACUUUUGGAACCCACGAGUGAAAUAGACCUACUUAAGGAGAUUGACUGUUUAUGUUCCAGAAUUCAAACUGGUCACACCACUUCUAGUGUAGGUGCUUCCACCACCAACACCUAGUGUGAAAGUGCAGCAGUGUUUUAAGCUGGGGUAGAUUUAGGUAACUAUUUAAGUGUUUGUUAGACUGCAGAAAGGGGGAAAAAUCUGCACUGCCUCACUGAGUUAUGCAAGAUGAAAUACAGAUUGUCUUACAGUUUUAAACAUUUAGCAUACAUUUCUCAAAUGACUAUUAAGAUCACUUCUGAUUUAUAGACUUGGGCUAAACAAUUGGCUACAGGUUAUUGCUUAGGUGGAUGUAAUAUAUUGGUAAGUCAACAGUCCUUUAGUCUUGUGCACAGUAGUUUCCAUUUCAAUCAAGUCCUAUUGGAAGCGAAAGAAUUAACAUUAACUCCAAGUACCAAAAGAACAGACUUACAUUUCUCCCUUGAGAUAGGAGGUUGUGAUUUCCUUUCAUAGUUGGUGAAAAUUCUUCACGUUAUUCCAACCGAUUCAGACUUUCCAGUCAAAUGUCGUAUAGAUUCACAGAGUCACACAGAAUAGAAGUAAAUCCUUUGGUCAACUCAUCCAUGUUGCCGAUCUAUACAGAUUCCAUUUGUCUGAGUUUGACCCAUAACACUCUAAGCCUUUCCUAUUCAUACACCUGUCCAACUGUACCUGCCUCCAUAAUGAACGGGCAAGUUUUCACACAUGGAAUAGUAGAUAUGUGAAAUAAACUGCCAGAGGAGUUGGCAGUAGAAACACUUUACAAGACAUACGGACAGGCACAUAGAUAAGAAAGGUUUAGAGGAAUAUAGUGAACUUUAAAUUCUUGGAAAGGUUAUAUGAAAUCUACAUACCUUACCUAGUACAGUGGAGUCAGCAAUAGAUUCACCAGAUCUCAGUCGCAAAUGUGGGGGGAACGGUAGUCAUCGCUGUUUGCAAUUCCUUUCACCUAAACCCUCCUCAGCCCAUUCUGUGCUAUUUUAAUAUAUCUAUAAGCUGGAUAUGCUGAAUUAUUUAAACAGUCCGUUUGUAUUUUGUCUAUUCUUCCAUUAUCUAUGCUUUACCUAUGCUAAUGAUGAAAUAUGCAGUAAAUUAAUGCCAAAUAACCCAAGGUCCUGCCUUAAAAAUACAGAAAUCCUCGAUCUUCUUGUAGCAUCUUUCUCAAGUCAUAUGGUACUUAAAUGGUAUAAACCUGAAUAUGCUUGAAAUCAACCCAUUAAGCAAUAAUUACUAGGGAUGGCAAUGUAACUGUGGUUAGUUAAGGGAGAAAUUAAAACAAAACUCCUGUGGAGAUAAUGCUGUAUUUUAUAACAUUAGCAAUCAAUUAGGUUUUUACCAAUGAGUUUUCAAUCCAUGACUUCCUGAAACGAGUUGAUUUGUUUCUCACCCACCCCAGCGUCUUUAAUGUUGGCUCAUUUGAACCUCGGAGUGAUAUACUCAGUAGAAAACAAAUUUUCAGGACAUUCAAUUGGUUAUUUUGAGACCUCAUUUAGGAAUUCUGGCUUGUGUUAAAAUACAGGUGUUAACACUUUGUUAAGGUUUUGAGUGUUAUCAAUUUUCUUAAUAUAAUCUUGGUGUAAAGUAUUUCAAUUUUGUAUUGAACAAUUGUGCACAAAUGCUUUAGGUGUUAAUGGUGAAAUAUUGUUGUGUCGUAGAAUGUGCUGUGAUAGAGCUGGUCUGUGUAAGUGACAACCAACACUGGUAUCUAAGGGAAAAGAAGAACCUGUUAACACCCUUGUUUCACAAUGGUACUUCUAUAGGUACAAACAGGGAAAAUAAGUAUUAGGAUAGUUGACAGCAUAUUAAAUCCAAUGAUUCUUGUAACUUGUGCUACACUAAUGUUUAAUACUUUUAAAUAUUUAGAUUCACUCAGUUACUUUAUUAUGAUAAAUAUUGCCUUGCACUCUUUGUUACUGGGGCCAAGUGAUAAACUUUGGCCCUCUGUUGCUCUGUUCUAAUUUUCUUUUUAAUUGGAUGUUGUUAACAGAAUCCAAUUGUUAAUUUUUCAGAGAUACAAAUAUAAUUUUUUAAAAUACCUGGUACUUCACUGCAGCAAAGUCUGGAAUAGGUGCCUUAAUGAAAACAUGAAUGAUGGUACUGAAUUUUACUUUGGAAACUGGAACAAUUUUUGAGCAAAAAAUGAGAAUAUAAUGUGUAUCAGAAGAUGUCAUGUGCACUGACGUUUCAAGGUGCAAUGUUAUUUCCAUGCUACAUAGGUUUUAUAUCAAAACAGAAAGUCAGCAUGAUAAUCCUAAUUGAUAUACCUCAGACUUCCCAAAAACUCAAAUCAAUCUGAGUUUUUAUUUUUAAUGCUCUCUUAAUCAAGCAUGCUAUUAUCUUUAGUUUAUAUAUUGAAAAUAAUUUAAAUACUGUCUAUUCCUUAGUCCAGAAGGCGUAAUAUCCUUUUUAUAAUAAUUUUGUGCAAUAUGAAUCCUAUUUACCAAUGGUUUGUAUUUCAGAUGUGGUUCUUAAGUUAGAUUUUUAUACAAUGACUUUUUAAUAAUAAAGUUGAACACAGAAGCAGCAUAUAGUUUGAGUAAACAUUAAAUCUUGCCCCAUUGUCAACUACAGAGUCAAGGAAUAAGUCAAGAGGUCUUUAGUGAAUAAGGAUCAUUGCUGAAUUAUCAUUAAUUGAGGUUUUUUAAUUUCCAACCCCAGACUUCAGUAUCUUAUUCGAUUAAUAAUCCAUCAUCUUCUGACAAAUGCUCCAAACGUGUUGCAUAGCUUGUAUCACAUACGCAAAUUGGAGUGCAUUUUUUAAAUAUGCAAUAUUUUGUUAAACUGUCUUGUAUUUAUCUGUUCAUCUAUAAAAGUAAGUGUCCACCACUGUUAUGGCUGUCUGAGUCCUAUAAUGUGCACAUGAUGUUCAUCAUGUAAAUUACUUACAAGUGUAAUUUAUGCAGUUGUUUGUAUUAUUGCUCAUUUAAACAUCUGUCAAAAACAUAAUUAAUAAUGAGUCACACAAAACUAUCCAUUUCAGUUGUUAGAUUAAUAUGUCAAGUGCUUGUAAAUACCACCUGGCCUAUUACUUAAGUUCUAUUCGACAGUAAUGCCAUUUAAUUGUAUAUCUCAGAUGAGCCUAGGUUUUUAUCAAAAUAGUUGUGCAUGAGUCUAUUGGAAAAUCCAGACAUUUGGCUCAUAAACUUUGAACUAAUGAUCUGUACAACUGCCGUUUGUACCCAUUGCAAUGAGAGUGUCCCUUUAGCAGAGCUGAUUUGUACGGACCAUCCAUUUUUAUCCAGGUUAACAUGGUGAAGGCUGUUUUCUACAGUAUCUUUUCUAUGAUUGAAAAAUUAAAAUGGAAGAAAAUUACAUUCAUAGAUGUGCGGUCUCCAGCCAUAUUCAAAUUGGUCUUGAUGUUCCAGCUGUCUGCUCUUUUUAUAUACUGAGGCAGAAUAUAAUAAUUUCUUUAGAAUAAACAUUUUUGGAUAUUUAUAUGCAUUCAUUUCUAAUUCAGGUGAUGUCUAAACUGAAAACCAAUAACAUUUCAUCAGAGCCAGUAUGUACAGUCAUGUGGAAACUUGAUGUCUUUGGUUGAUCUGUUUUCUGAUGGUUGUCCAAGCUGCUGUAUAAUGUUGAGGAGAAUAAUGCAAAAUUGGCUGAAUAAAGUUAUUCUUGCGACUUUGCAGAGCUGUGCUUUGCUUUUGCAAACAAUAAAAUUUCAA